GCAGUCAGCGUUGGCAAAAGAAUGGAAAAGAGGAACAUAUUAUAAUAAAAAAGAGGGUAUAACGGUGAUUACUCACCCAACUCAUCCAAUCCAUCAACCGUGUAACGUAGGCUUUAAGUGAUAGAAAUUAAAAAGAAAGAGCAGCAGAAGCAGCAUCUGUUCUUCUUCUUCUCUCCCUCCAUCUUCAAACUUGCGUUUUAUUACCUCUGAAUGCCACUCCCUCAAUCGAAGUUUCUGGAACCCCAAUGCCCUCAUUCCGUUCUUCAUUCCACCCUCCAUGCCUUUGCGUUCCACCUAACCCAACGCCGCGGCACUUUGUUUUUUCCGCAACUGUUUCCAACCGAAGCCCGUUUUAUUUAAUUUACCUUUUUUAAAUUUUAAUUUCAUUUCUAUUUUUGGUUCACGGGGAUGCGUUCGGUUGGUGCGUGGUUGUUGAGGUGAAUGGGGGAACUCCGUUAGGUUCUUCUCUUCUUUGGGGCUUUUCUUUUUCUUUUUCUUUUUCCUCUUCUUUCUCUUCUUCGCUCCAUCGAUCCCUAAUUGUCGUUGCCAUUUCUGAGAUGAAUCGGAGCUUCAUAGCGCCGGAAUCCAAAAUGCAAGACGCCUUCAAGCAGAGGCAACAGCAAUUGGGGGCUCUCAGGUCCUCUGUGCGCGCCAAGGAAAGGGACGAGGAACUCGCGUUGUUCCUGGAAAUGAGGAGCCGCGAGAAGGAGCGUGGCGAUCUCAUGCUUCGCGCCGCCGAGGAUUUUGACGGUGCAGCCGCGUUGGGCUCAAAUCCAGACAAUUCUCCCUUGUUUAACGUUCCGUCUUCCAUGGCGGCGCUGGUACGAAAGACUGGUGCUGAUGAUUUUCUCAAUUCGGAGAAUGAUAAGAAUGAUUAUGACUGGCUUCUAACCCCACCUGGGACUCCCCUUUUUCCUUCUUUGGAGAUGGAAUCUACAAAAACUGUUAUGAGUCAGCUUGGGGCUCUAACUUUACGCCCCACAUCAUUAAAAACUAGAUUGGCAAAUCCUCCGUCAGAACAUACUGGAAGGAGCAAUUUAGUAUCUAAACAACCAGCCUCCUCCCCUGGGUUGACCCCUUCAGGUGGUGGACUUAGAAGGCCCUCAUCAUCAGGGUACUUGUCAGAACUAGCUGGAAGAAGCAACUUAGUAUCUAAACAACCAGCCUCUUCCCCUGGGUUUAGUUCUUCCGUUGGGGGAACUAGGAGGUUCUCAUCAUCAGGGAAUCUGGGAUCUAGAUCUGUAACUCCUACUGGACGACCUACAUUGACCACAGUUUCAAAAUCAUCUAGACCGUCGACACCCACUUCUCGGACAACCAUACCAUCAACUAGGGCAGUGGUAGCAACUACCAAGACCUCAGUUUCCUCAGCCAAACCCGUGGUUUCUGCUACUAAGGCUGCAGUUUCUGUUGCUAAAACUUCUACAGUACCUGCUGCUAAAACCACAAUUCCAUCUAGAUCCUCUACACCUUUGUCAAGAUCUACUGCAAGAUCUUCAACACCAACAACCAGAACUACCUUACCUGCAUCGAGGCCUACUUCAAGGGCAUCAACCCCAACUAGGCGGCCAACAACACCAUCUAAUGUAUCCACCGUAUCUUCUCCGUCUGUAAAGACUUCUUCAAUCUCCAAGUCAGCUCCUGUGAUGUCACGGCAGCCAAUAACAUCACCUGGCACUUCACCAACUGUGAAGUCAAGCCCAAGACCAUGGAAGCCAUCUGAGAUGCCUGGCUUUUCACUAGACGCGCCACCCAAUUUGAGGACAUCGCUUCCAGAAAGGCCACUGUCAACAACUAGGGGUAGGCCUGGAGCACCCAGUUCACGAUCCUCUUCUGUUGAGCCUCCUUCUAUUGGUAGACCAAGGCGGCAAUCAUGCUCUCCAUCUAGAGGGCGUUCCUCCAAUGGCAUUUCUCAUCCAACUGGAAGCUCUAUGCCUGCAGUUAAUCGUGGGUACUCCAGAGCAAAUGACAAUGUCAGUCCUGUUGUAAUGGGCACCAAAAUGGUUGAGAGGGUAGUGAAUAUGCGGAAAUUGGCACCACCAAGGCUGGAUGGCACGAACUCUUCCCAUAAUCUUUCUGGCAAAUCAUCUUCAUCUCCGGAUACCUCUGGUUUUGGAAGGUCACUCUCGAAGAAAUCCUUGGAUAUGGCAAUAAGGCAUAUGGAUAUAAGGCGAAGGGUUCCAGGCAAUUUACGGUCAUCAAUGAUGACGAACAUUCCAGCAUCUUCAAUGUAUAGUGUGAGGUCUGGUUCUCAGCGUAGCCGCACUGUUAGUAUCUCGGGCUCUCCUCAUGCCACUAGCAGUAAUGCUAGUUCUGAAGUGAGUGUAAACCCAAAUGGUAUUUGCUUAGAUAAUAGUGAAAUAGACGAUGAUAUUGGCAGUGAAAGAAGUGGUCAAUCUGCUGCCAGUGUGCGGGGUAGGUAAAGGAAUCCUCUUACCUACUCUUAAUGGUUCAACCAUUCUUAUCAUGAGUUCCAGCCAUAUUAGAUUUUUAUAUGGAGCUAAUCAUGCUUCAAUUCAUGUAAAGUUACCGGAAGUGGAAGCUAUUUGUAAUUUAGAUAGAUCACCUUUACGCUGAA